AUGGCCACCACGACAACAGUUGUACGCAAAGACCACAAGAAGUGGAAGUGCAACAAAAACAUCUCGGGAAGGCUUUGCAGCACUGUCACCUCGAUGAGUAAUAUUUACUGCGAUAAAUGUGACAAUAGACGACAGACCGACGAUGAAGCCCUCGCUUCUGAUGAAUCUUCGAUCGGAUGGAUGUAUCACCUAGAUACCAGUCUGACAGAGCACUGGGAGUACACCAGUCCCGAACCUCUAUAG